AUGCGUUGGAUUGCAAUACUAUUCACUGGUAUCGUUCUAGCAAAGGCUCAAGAUUUCGCUUCACUAUUGGGUCCACUCUUAGGAGGUGCUGGUGGUGGUGGAGGAGGCCCAGGCGGAGGAAUCGGGAGUAUCUUAGCUGGUUUGGGCGGCGGUGGCGGCGGCAAAGGACCCGAUCUUUCCAGUUUAUUUCAAUUAGGUGCCGGACUAUUGAACAGAAACGGUGGAGGUGCGAAUCCAGCGCCUGUGCCUGCACCAGUGCCUGCACCAGGGCCAGCCCCUGCACCCGUGAUUGGUGGCCCAACCAAUAUAGCCGUGCCGGACUACUCCGACUACAAUGAUGAGAAUAUAGUUGGGCCAUCUCGAGCUAAGGUUAGACGUCAACAAAAAGAACAGCGGCGAAAAGCCAAGCUGGAAAAAGAGGUAGUGCACGUCGCUGAUUUUUGCCAAAUGCUUAUUCUGUAUGCUUGUGGCUUCGACAUAGACACUUAUCGUCCACAACGCGUUACUGACACACCAGCAGCGCUUUCACCACCGAAUAGCUUAACAUGGAUAAAAGGUGCCCCAACGAUGAAGCGGAACGACUUUGGUGAUGACUAUGACAUGAUCGGAAUGACAAGACCGGCACCCCGAUCAGUGCCACCGCCACCACCGCCGCAACAAUUCAUUCCGGUUGGACGUGGGUGA